GUCUCCGUGGCUCCGGCCCCCUCCUUAGACUACACCCUCACCCCCCUCUCCGGAGACAAGUACACUGCCUGUUUGUGCGGCAGUGAGCGCAGGACCGUGAGCUGGACCAUGGCCCCCUCAGCCUUAGGCGUCGUGAACGUGACGGUGACCGCUGAGGCCGUGGCGUCCCACGCUUCUUGUGACAACGAGAUUGUGAGCGUGCCGGAGAGAGGUCGCAUCGACGUCGUCACACGGUCUCUCAUCGUGAAGGCUGAAGGAAUUGAGAUGUCAAAGACCUACAACUGGCUGCUCUGCCCAAAAGGAGAGACUCUGACUGAGGAAGUAGACCUUCAGCUCCCCGGGGACGUGAUUGUUGGAUCAGCCCGUGCUUCAGUAUCAGUCCUGGGUGACAUUCUGGGCCGAGCCCUGAACAACCUGGAUGGGCUGCUGAGGAUGCCGUACGGAUGUGGGGAGCAGAACAUGGCGCUCCUCGCCCCCAACAUCUACAUCCUCCAGUACCUGAGAAACACUCAGCAGCUCACCUCCGCCAUCAAAAACAAGGCCAUCAAGUUCCUGACCAGCGGCUACCAGAGACAGCUGAACUACAAGCACCGUGAUGGAGCUUACAGCACGUUUGGAUCAGGACCGGGGAACACCUGGUGA